ACUGGCUGCUUGGUCAAGUGCGGGGAAGGGGGAGCGGCGGCGAUGCUGAGCGUUCGGAGACGUUGACCAAGCGGGCGAGCGGCGGCCGGAGAGCAAAAGUGGAGCCCGGCGGCAAGAGGGAGGGCGUGCGGCGGAUGCUUUGCGCGGCCGGGGGCGGCGGCGGCGGCGGCACAGGGAAGAGACGAGGGCGGCAGCGGCGGCGCUGGAGAGAUGAUCGCGGAGUUGCUGAGCGGCGCCCUGGGGCUCGUCCUGUAUCUCAAUACUCUCAGCGCCGAUUUCUGCUACGAUGACAGCCGAGCUAUCAAGACAAACCAGGAUCUUCUUCCAGAAACACCAUGGACUCAAAUAUUCUACAAUGACUUCUGGGGCACUCUUCUUACCCAUAGUGGGAGCCAUAAAUCAUACCGACCUCUUUGUACACUUUCUUUUCGCAUCAACCAUGCCAUUGGAGGAAUGGAUCCUUGGAGCUACCAUCUUGUAAAUGUCCUGUUACAUGCAGCGGUCACCGGUCUUUUCACAAGUUUUUCCAGAAUACUGUUUGGUGAUGGAUAUUGGACCUUACUUGCUGGCUUGCUGUUUGCUUCUCAUCCCAUACAUACUGAAGCAGUGGCAGGAAUAGUAGGAAGGGCUGAUAUUGGAGCUUGCCUUUUUUUCCUGCUUGCCCUAAUGUGUUAUAUUAAACACUGCUGCACAAGAAGUUACUCAGCAGGAACCUGGGGCUGGAUCUUGGGUGCAGGGGUGUGUGCCACUUGCAGUAUGCUGUGGAAGGAGCAAGGAGUGACAGUUCUAGCAGUUUCAGCAGUUUAUGAUGUGUUUGUGUUUCACAAGCUGAAAAUGCACCAAAUCAUUCCUGCUAUCAACAAGAGGAAGAAUUUGCCACUUCUUUUGAGUACUGGUUUAUUGAUCUUCUGGGGAAUUUUGCUGCUAGGUUUUCGCUUCUACUGGAUGGGGAACAAGCCUCCCAGCUUUUCCAACUCUGACAACCCAGCAGCUGAUUCAGACACUUUUCUAACACGAACUCUGACUUUUUUUUACCUACCAACCAAAAACCUUUGGCUGUUGCUGUGCCCGGACACCCUUAGCUUUGAUUGGUCCAUGGAUGCUGUGCCUCUUCUCAAAACAGUCAGUGACUGGAGGAACCUACACACAGUGGCCUUGUAUGCUGGACUUCUCCUCCUUGCUUACUGUGGUUUGAAAAGCACCAGCACAGAGAGAGAAUGCAAUGGGAAAAAUAUAACAAAUGGCAAACCGAAUACCAAUGGUCAUAACUUUUUAUCAGAAAUGGAAUGCAAAAGCUUGGAGAUGAAGUCCAGCUUUCUGUCUAAAGAAGAAAAUGGCAUUAACAAGCACUUGCCACAGAGACCGCAGCUUCCUUCAACUGAGAACAUUGUAGUUCUAUCUCUCUCCUUGUUAAUUGUGCCCUUUAUUCCAGCCACAAACCUGUUUUUUUAUGUUGGCUUUGUAAUAGCAGAGCGUGUGUUGUAUAUACCUAGUAUGGGCUUCUGCCUGCUGAUUACAGUGGGCACUAGGGCCCUCUACGUAAAAACCCAAAAGCGCUUUCUGAAGAACUUGAUUUUUUUUGCCACUGCUGCAUUAAUUUUUUUGUAUGGACUCAAGACUUUUGUCAGGAAUGGAGACUGGCAGAAUGAAGAGAUGCUGUAUAAAUCAGGGAUAAAAGUAAAUCCAGCUAAAGCAUGGGGUAACCUUGGAAAUGUUCUGAAGAGCCAGAGCAAGAUUUCUGAAGCUGAAAGCGCCUACAGAAAUGCCUUGUACUACCGCAGCAACAUGGCUGAUAUGCUUUAUAAUUUAGGAUUGCUGUUGCAGGAAAGCAGCAGAUUCUCAGAAGCUCUACAUUACUAUAAAUUGGCCAUUGGAAGCAGACCUACUUUGGCUUCUGCCUAUUUAAAUACUGGUAUCAUCUUGAUGAACCAAGGAAAGGCGGAAGAGGCCAGGAGGACAUUCUUAAAGUGUUCGGAAAUCCCUGAUGAAAAUUUAAAAGAUCCUCAUGCUCAUAAGAGCUCUGUCACCAGCUGCCUUUAUAAUUUGGGGAAACUCUACCAUGAACAGGGACAGUAUGAGGAUGCCCUCACAGUUUACAAAGAAGCAAUACAGAAGAUGCCGAGGCAGUUUGCACCACAGAGCUUGUACAACAUGAUGGGAGAAGCCUACAUGAGACUCAGCAGAUUAACCGAAGCAGAGCACUGGUAUGUGGAAUCCCUGCGAUCCAAAACAGACCACAUCCCAGCUCAUCUUACAUAUGGGAAGCUUCUAGCUUUAACGGGUCGCAAAAGUGAGGCCGAAAAGUAUUUCUUGAAGGCGAUUCAGCUGGAUCCUACCAAGGGAAAUUGUUACAUGCAUUAUGGUCAGUUUCUACUAGAAGAAUCACGUUUGAUAGAAGCAGCAGAAAUGGCAAAGAAAGCAGCUGAGUUGGAUAACACGGAGUUUGAUGUGGUUUUCAAUGCAGCCCACAUGCUCAGACAAGCUAGCCUCAACGAAGCAGCUGAAAAAUAUUAUAAAAUGGCAGCUGAACUGAGACCUAAUUAUCCAGCUGCCCUGAUGAAUCUGGGAGCAAUUCUGCAUCUUAACGGCAAACUCCUAGAGGCUGAAGCAAACUAUCUCCAUGCCCUUCGGUUUAAACCAGAUGAUGUCAUCACACAGUCAAAUCUACGCAAACUCUGGAAUAUUAUGGAAAAACAAGGCUUAAGGACAUCCAAGACAUGACAUGGGGGGAAAGACCUCUUACCGUUUCUGUUUUUGUUGUGAGAGAGGAAAAGUCAAAUCCAGAGAACUUUUAGGAUGCUCUUUUGUUUGGCACUCAACGUUGGACUGGACUGCAGUUGUCCAAGGAUGUAAUUGCUGCUAGGAGAACCUACAGGGCUGCUUUUUGGUGUGACAUUUUGACAAUGAGAGUUGGAGAUGCUUUUAGGACCUUCAUGAAGGACUGAAAAGUUACUGUCACAAGCCUGAAAGUGAAAUAGAUUUAUGACUGGAACACUUGAAAGGAGCCCUUUCAGCAUGUUCACCAAGUCACCCUAGUCAUCUUUUGUUGGUCAUUUCAUAGUGGUUUAUGGUAGCGGAUCCUGCUGACUUAAAGUAUCUAUCUGGUCAGCUUGGGAAGUUAGAAAAAGAUAAAGACUGGUCAUUUACUGAGGGUGUCCUUGAAAUUUAUUCUAAACCCAAUGGUUUUUCAAAUAAUAUUAAUGUUGUGUAUCAUUAGGGCUGAUGCUUAUCCAUUUCACAGACUUCCAAAACUGUUUGAAAAACUUGUCACUUUAGCUAAGAUUCUGUAAUCUUUCCUGAUUAAGUAUACAUACUCUUUUAGCUUUUUCUCAGAUAUCUUGUUGGCUGUCAUGAGAGUAAAAGGCAAAGGACAGUGAAGAGUACACAAACAUACAGCAUAAAUGCACCCAAGAAUUAAGAAUUGACACACACUAACUUUUAAAAAAACACCCAAUAUUUUUGGACUAAUAUUGCACUGCUUGAUUGCAUUCAGUGUAAGUUAUACUGCACCUUUUUCCUUUUUGUCAUUAUUACAGGAAGCAGACAAUAUGAUCGUAAACUACUUAGGCAAAAGUAGGGACAAUUGAGGCAGCAUAUUUGCUUGUUCAUAUCUCUACCUUGUUAUUCUGACACAGUCUAAUUUUCAUUGCAAAUUUCCUGCUUAAGUAAAAGGAGCCCCAGUAGGAAAUAAGUAGCUGAAGGUAUGGACUGUGAGGAAGGAAAGGGUUCUGCUAUCCCUAUCUUGUUGGUCUGCCUUAGAUAUGAACAGAAUUGACCUGAAGAACCAAUGGAACUGUUCCCAUUGCACCUUGGCUCUUAGUAACUUGAAAACAUGGGUCGGUAUAACGUAGGCCAACCUGGCACUGCACAAGCAUGUAGAUUGGCCCAUGAUUGUAUGUAUCCACAGUAUAGUUUCUUUCGUUUGGAGCUGCAAAACAGCCUGGGUCCCAGGGUCAAGUUGUACAUUACUUUAAAAUGGAUACUUACGCACCCCAAUGGCAGGGCAGAAGACCUUUAAGAGAUAAUGUUUGUAUUUAACUGCAUUUCUUCCUACAGAUCAGCUACUUGUCACAGAAAAAAGUCAAAAGUGUGAGGUUGAUUAAUAUGUAUUUGUAGUGCUAGUAGUGUAUCUGAUUUUUUCAGAAAUGACAAAGAUUUAAUGUUACUAGCAUUUCAAGAAACAGUUGUUAGACCAAAAUGGAUUGUGGGUCUGACAAUAGCUGCCAAUUAGGUUUGCAUUUUAGCAUUUAAAAAGUUGUACAGCGUUUAACCAAAUAUUAACAUUUCAGUCCAUUUGGCAUAGUUACUUAUGAUGUUAUUUGCCACACAAAAAAAUAUUUUACAAAACAUGUUAGGCCUGCACUGUGCUCUUUCAGACUGUUUACUUUUAGUAGGAGUAGGAAAGUUGUUUCUAAUAAUUGAUUUGCUAUUUCAAUAUUCAUUUGGGAAGCAGUGAGCAUAUAUUUUGUCCAGGUUCCAAAGAACUACUGCAGACAUGCCCAAGGGCAUUCAUGCCAUCGUGAUUUUUUGUCAUGUCAUAAACUACUAUUGAAACUUGUUUGUUUCAGAAGUUAUCUACAAUGGAAAUGGAGAGGAAGCUGCCAUUUUGAGAAAGAAAACAUAUUUUUUUGGCAUCAUGGAGCACCUUGAAUCAAAAAAUGUAAAGGCUCUCAUAUUCUUCAUAUGCUACCGUUUCUUCUUAUUGAAUAUUGUUUGAUUGCUAUGUUUUGCUUGAGAAAUCACAACAAAAAAUCAUUAGCUAGUGUUUCACAACUGUUUAUAACCUUCUAGUUUCUUUUUCACACACUGUUUAUUGUAUUAUAUUGUAUUGAUGCUAAUGGAGAACUGGGAACACAUUUAUUCUGUGCUAUGUGCACAAUACAGCUAUAUAAAUGUAUACCCGAUAAGGAAUCUUGGAAUGCGGCUAUCCAACUCUUGGCAUGUUACCAUGUAGGUCACAGUUUGUAAAGAUCAAACCUUGGGCCAGGGGGUUGGGGAGGAGUGCAUUGUUACUGCCAUGUUUCCAGGAAACAUGGUGGUCAUGGGCACCAUCUACUAAACAUUUUGAUCUCGUAACACUUUCCCCCCACUCUUUUUAAUGAGACUUGUGCAGGAACCCCAAUUUUUUGACUGUGCUCGUGGUACACCCCCAAAAGCUGCUUCAUAAUAAUAUAUUUAGAAAGGGAAAAAAUAACUUUUGAAGAGCUGAAAUACAAUGUUUUCAGCAUUUCAGGUUAAGAUGUGUUAGAGCUUGAAUCUGUUUGCUACCACAUCUACCAUGGCACACCCUCUUUCUGUAUAACUGUAAAAAUAACCUAUGUAUUUACCUAAGACUAAUAUAUUUGGUGUCCUUAAAUUUCAGCUGUCAAAUGCAGGUAUCAUUUCCCUAUUGCUCUUUCUUUCAUUACUUUUUGUAUAUCUGUGUGUGUGUUCUGUAUUAAUUUUAUAUUCAUUGCACAAUGGUGAUUGACACACAGCACAGUUGUAUGGUAGUAUGGGAGACUGUCUCCUUUAAAACAAAAAUGACAAAUGGAAGUUUAAAAGAAGAAUGUUCCUCCAUACAUUUCACUAUAGGGCUGGGAUUUAUAACUUACAAUUUUGGAAUACGUUUAAAAUGUCUCUGCUCAGGGAUUUGUGGUGGAUAUUGCAGACAGUGCUUAAAAAUAAAAGCACAAGUUUACUAAAUUAAAUUUUUAUUUUUUGAGAAAACUGUUAUUUGUAUAAAUUAUCAAGAUUUGUAGGGUUUCCUUUUUUGUAGACAUGAUUGUUUAUGUGCCAGAUAAGAAAAUUCAAUUUGUUUUCAGUAAUAAAUGAUUGAUAACAAAGA